UAGAGGGGCCCUCAGACUAGAGGUGGGUUGAGUGGGGAAAAGUCUGCCAGAAAGGUAUGACGUGUUCAUGAAACUCCCUUGAGACCAGGAAACACAGUGGGUGGUUAGAGGGCUAUGGUGAAAGACAGCAUCCCCAGCAGUGGGUCUCAUGUGAGGUCAGAGGCCAGCCUUCCAGUCAGAGAAAGGGGAAGGAGGACAGAGAGUGCGAACAAGUCAUUCGAAGGGCGAUGAGGCUCUGAAGAGGCAGGAACCUACGGCCUGGAGAGCACCCAAGGUCCCAUCCCACUGCCCCGGAGGGAGUCCCAGAUGGGUGUGUGGCAGCGCUGAAACUGAGCAGCCCUUUGGGAAGGCCCAUCUGGAGCAGAAGAGCGCUGCCUGAGGUGUCGUCAGAAGCGGCAGGCAGUUACUCGCCUGAAAGCACCGUUUCCCCAACCUGGCAGCCCCUGGCAACUUCUCCAGACCAAGCUGUGAGCUUCUUGUGGGAAGGAUGCCAAGUGCCUGCUGAGGGCGACCCGCCUGCCGCACUGAGGCAAUUGGAAGUGUCUGACUUCAGUUCCCUACGCUAUACCAAGGCAAGGCUAGGACAUGCUGGCUGUCACUGGGCUCUGGGAUUCUGCAGGGAGGUAUCCUGAAGGAGCAGUGUUCCAUGAGCUCUGUGGGCACCCUAACCUCUUGGAACUUUUGAAUCCCUCUUCCUUAGGGUUCUAAGCAGUGACCCCCACAUCUCACACUCACAGGUUUCAGGUCGCAGAGAAGCCAGGCAGCCCCUUCCAUGCCCAGAGGCAGAGAGUGAGAGUGUGGGGGUGGGGCUGCAUUUUCAGGUGAAGGGGACUCAGCUGGGAGCCCAGCCACUGGCAGCAUGGAGCUCUUCCCCACAGGUAGCCCAGGACCCAGUCUGUCCUGCUCCUGGAUGCUGCUAUUGGACACUGAACACAUGCCCAGGGAUGUGUUCUGCUGGAGGCACCCCAGGUUGCUUCUGGCUCCAGGACCAUGAAUGCAACUUGCAACAGCACCCUGUGGCCUGAGUCGCUCCACUACGUCUUCGGUGUCUACUUGAUCUUGCUGCUGGUGCUGGGCCUGCUGCUCAACGGCCUGGCGCUCUGGGUGUUCUGCUGUCGCAUGCACCAGUGGACGGAGACCCGUGUCUACAUGACCAACCUGGCUGUGGCUGACCUCUGCCUGCUCUGUUCCCUGCCAUUCAUGCUAUAUUCCCUGAAAUCCACUAAAGAUACACCAGUCUGCCAGCUUUCACAGGGCAUCUACCUGGCCAACAGGUACAUGAGCAUUAGCUUGGUCACUGUCAUUGCUGUGGACCGCUACGUGGCAGUGCGGCAUCCCAUACGCGCCCGUGAGCUGCGGUCCCCAAGAAAGGCUGCCGCAGUGUGUAUGGCUCUCUGGGUGGUGGUGCUCUCUUCCCUGGUAGUGCGCUGGCACCUGGGGCUGCAGGAAGGUGGCUUCUGCUUCAGAAACCAUGGCCGGCACAAUUUCAGCACCAUUGCCUUCUCACUGCUGGGCUUCUACCUGCCCCUGGCCAUCAUGGUCUUCUGCUCUUUGCAGGUUGUGAUCGCCCUGGGGCAGAGGCCGACCACUGAUGUGGUGCAGGUAGAGGUCACCCGCAAGGCCACCCACAUGAUCUGGGCCAAUUUGGCAGUGUUUAUCAUCUGCUUCCUGCCCCUGCAUGUGGUCCUGACGGUGCAGUUCUCCCUGGGUCUAAACACCUGUGCUGCCCGUUCCACCUUUAGCCGUGCCCUGUCCAUCACAGGCAAACUCUCAGAUGCCAACUGCUGCCUGGAUGCCAUCUGUUACUACUACAUGGCCAAGGAGUUCCAGGAUGCAUCCAGGUCAGCUGUGCCCUCCAAUGCUCCCCACAAGAGCCAAGAUACUCAGAGCUUGACCCUCACCUAGAAGCAUGCGCCAUGGACCAGAGGAACCUGUGAUAUUAUCAAGGAACCCCCAAAUCAUCCUGAGCCUGACGUGGGUUUUGAACACUCUAGGAAGCUCAGGCGGCCUAGAGAGAAUGUAUCUGCUCCCCUGAAGAGACCAGAGGACUGAGACUAAAGACCAACUUGAAGGACCCUGGAACCUGCCACCCUGGACCUAGAACCCCUGAGGCACCAGAAUGGGGCCUUGAUGGCCAGCCACUGGGUUUAGAAUAGAGCUCUCCCCUGGACACGGUCCUGACAGGGCCCUCGGUGUCACCCAGAUGCAAGCGAUGAGAUGCAAAGAGGAACAUAGAACUUAAAGAGUCAGGAGAUCUCUUCCAAGAGGACCAUCUAAUGGAUGCCUCCUCUAGAGACUUCCAGACUUCAUGCUUCCUGUAGGGGUGGCUGUGGUUUGGAAGGCUGUCCUCUAUGGCACACGGCUGUCAGUGUUGCUCAGGCUCCGUCUCCAGGGAGGUUCCAGUUCAGAAGACCCUGUGGUCAUAAAGCUAUGCUCAACACAGUAACACGCUGCUGUUGAAGCCCUGAACCUCUUGGUGGUGUUUUCAUUUUGUAGUGGGCCCGUUGAUCACAGGGUCAAUGGCUGUGGUGGUAGUCUUCUGGAGUUUGUUAUGAGGAAGAUUGACAUUUGGCCUGGUACCUGCUCUCUCUGAGGAUGUGGCCUGCAAAGAUAGGCUUCAAAGCCAGCUUAGGGACUGGAGAGAUGACUCAGAAGUUAAGAGCACGGCUGCUCUUCCAGAGGUCCUGAGUUCAAUUCCUAGCAACCACAUGGUGGCUCACAACCAUCUAUAAUGAGAUCUGGUGCCCUCUCCUGGUAUGCAAGCAGAACACUGUAUUCAUAAAUAAAUCUUAAAAACAAACCAAAGCCAGCUCAGAGCCAGAGCACAUUUGGAGGUGUUGAUAGUCCUGGCCUUUCUCCCUCUGUGCUUUAUCUUUUGUCUUGGCCCAAAUGCUGCAACCAGAGCCCUUCCAACUGGGAGUUCCUCCCCAGACUCCCAACUCCCACUUCAUCCUGCUCUUAUUGGCACCUCUUUUGCCUGACCUUUUCUGCAGAAACCAAAUGUCUGUUUACCCUCCAGACACCAAAGAAAGGAUUCCAUCCAAGUCCAGACAGGUGAACCAGUUUGCUGGAGUUACUUACUAAAGCUUGGUGACUCCAUGGUGACGCCAUUACUGAAAAGCCUCACUCAGCAUGGGUGACAACUCACAAGAACAGCACCGAUAGAUGACCAAUCCCUAGGAAACGUCCACCUCGUAUAGACCUGGACACCCGCUCCAGACAAGAUGCAGAUGGGGUCUGGGGGAGUGGAGGCUGGAACUUCAGGGCUGCUGACCCUCGUGUCCCUGUAAAAGCUAACAGCUUCGGGACCAACACCAGUCUGUUUACCACAGUAGUAUUUUGCUAAUUUCAUUGUCAUGACUGUGGGCCAAGGUCUUCAGUGGAUCAUAGCAGCAGUGUUCUUGCUCAUGGCUGAUGAUCAUGCUAAGCUAGAGGAAAUGGCUUUCCUACCACACUUGACCACGUUUCCUUCAGCUCCUCUUUCGACACUCUACAAUAUUCUCUGAACCUUUGCCUUGGAAAGUAUGUUGUAUCCACAUGUAUCUAUAUAUAAAUAUAUAAUACACA